CUUCAGCUUCACUCACACAUGAACCAUCUCAUCAGACACACUUCCCUUCAUCACGAUCAUGAGUUCAAACUCGAACCUGUCGAACAUGAAGCGCACUGUUGAGCAGCUCAAACUCGAGGCCAGCGUGGAGAGGAUCAAAGUUUCUCAGGCGGCGGCGGAUCUUCAGCAGUACUGCCUCCAGAACGCCAGUAAAGAUGCGCUCCUGGUCGGAGUGCCGGCAGGCAGUAACCCGUUCAGAGAGCCGCGCUCAUGCACACUGCUGUAGACUGAAGGAGGGAGGAGGCAGAUCAAUGCUGAUAUUUUAUAUUUUCACAACCACAGAAGUGAAACGUCAUGAGAAAUUUUGUGAUAUAUUGAUGCCUUAAAUUUCAUAUAUUUCUUUUGUAUUUUAUAUUACGACUCACAAGUCGUGUGCCACGCAAUCAUAUGAAAGUGAAGCAUUGAAUGGUAUGAAUGGAUUUAUAUUUUUAUUAAUGUAUCAGAAUGAAUCAUUUAAUUAUUCCAAAAGAAUUAGAGAGAUUCUGUUGUUUAGGUUCUGUUAAUUGUUAAUUAUUGUGAUUUGUCUGAUCAGUGAAAAACUGUAUAUUAGUAUAUGAAUGAAAAGGAAAUAAAUGCAUAUUUUGUUUGAAUAUA